AGCCAAAUAAAAUACAAACGAAAAUACAACCUCCCGGCGGCCUAUUUAUUUAAAUUCUUGUCAGAGUCGGGCUCCACAUGCUGGCUCCCAUCAGCAGACGAUAGCAGGCAUCCACAGCAAACCGGAAGCAAUUAAAAAAUGGGUCCGCAGCAGCUGAAGCGCGCUUUUCUGGGAUUCGACUUGAGCACCCAGAAGCUGAAAGCCAUCCUGCUCAACUCCAGCCUGGAUGUGGUGGCCUCGGCGGAAGUGAAAUUUGACAGCGAUUUGCCCGAGUUCCGGACCCAGGGAGGCGCUAAUCCGGGACCCAACAAAAAUGAAUUCUUUGUGCAGCCCGUGAUGUGGGUAAAGGCGAUGGACAUUGUCCUGGACCGCCUGGUGAUGCAGGAAGCUGACCUGAGCACAGUGGCAGCCAUCAGUGGCUCCGGACAGCAGCACGGUUCACUGUACUGGUCCAACCACGGCGUCACAACUCUAGAAAAUCUCGAUCCCGAUAAGUUCCUGCACGCACAGAUAGACGAUUCCGCUUUUGUGGUCAACCGGACGCCCAUUUGGAUGGAUGCCUCCACAUCAAAACAAUGCAUCGAAAUGGAAACGGCUAUUGGCGGGGCUGAGAGCAUGGUGGAGAUUACGGGUUCCAAGUGCUACGAACGCUUCACUGGCCCACAAAUCCGAAAAAUCUACCAGCAGAAGGCUCAUGCCUACGAAGAUGCCCGUCGAAUCUCACUGGUGAGCAGUUUCGUGGCAUCGCUCUUCCUGGGCAAUGUGGCGGGAAUCGAUUACAGCGAUGGCUCCGGCAUGAAUCUGCUGGAUAUCCGCCAAAAGAACUGGUCCCAGGCCUGCCUGAAUGCCUGUGCUCCGGACUUGGAAGAGCGCCUUGGCCCGCCGGUCAGCCCGAAUACGAUUCUGGGCAACGUUUGCGAAUAUUUUGUGAAGCGCUUCUCCUUCCCGAGUGACUGCAAGGUGGUGGCCUGCACCGGUGACAAUCCUUCGGCAUUGGCCGGUAUGCUGGUGGACAAAAAUUGGUUAAGUGUCUCUCUCGGCACUAGCGACACUCUCAUGAUGAGCCUGGAAGAACCUCGAAACUGGCCGGAGGGCCACGUCCUGUGUCAUCCAACCGAAGUCCAGGAGUAUAUGGGUCUUCUUUGCUUUAGAAACGGUUCCUUAGUCCGGGAAGGAGUGAACAAGACGGAGGCCAAUGGUGAUUGGCAAAAAUUCAACGAACUUCUCGAAUCCACUCCCCGUGGAAAUUUCGGCAACAUGGCCGUGCACUUUAACGAAAUGGAAAUCAUUCCAAAGGCCCAGGGUACAAUGCGUAUGAACAGGGAAAAUCAAACAGUUAUCAAAUUCAACUCACCUCAAACGGAAAUCCGUGCCUUAGUUGAAGGACAGAUGCUUCAUCAUCGCGCAGUGGCCGAAGACAUGGGCUUCCACUUUGGGAAAGAGACCCGAAUCCUUGCCACAGGAGGUGCGUCGGUAAACAAAUCGAUCCUCCAAACAAUCGCCGACGUGUUUAAUGCUCCCGUCCACAUACAGACUGAAAGUGAGGCCGCUCUGAUGGGAGCCGCUUUUAGAGCCGCCUACGCUUUGUACUGCCAGGACCUCGAACAGGAUAAGACUGCUCUCUGCUAUAGAGAUUAUAUACUCAGUCUGACGCCCAAUCAGCUGGAGCUCGUCUGUGAGCCACACAAGGACAGCGAGACCAUCUACACUCCGAUGCUGCAGCGGUAUCGCAACAUGGCCAAAGCCUUGGCAAGAGGAAAGCCAGUUACGUGCGUGUGCAGUGACUAGAACGGAUAUCCCAACGUAACAUUCCUAUUUUAUACUCCAAUCAUUCCCCCGACUAACACCCCCGAUUAACAUUUAACCUGAAAAUUGACAAACUAAAGUGCAAUUAACUAAAUUCUGUGAUUGACAAUUUAUUACAAAUUUAUGCGAAACCAUUUACAAAUAGAUUUCUUCAUAUGGAGCAUUCUAAA